AUGCUUGUGGACUCUAACACAGAAACAAUGAUGGCGUCUCCAUCAGGGAGUGUGUCGUCCAGCGCGAGCGGCGGGGAGGAUAACAAGAGUCGCUUGUUCUCCUGCACCACGUGUACCUACCGGACGGACCGCAAGAACAACCUCAAGCGCCACAUCUUCACCAUGCACGAGAUAUCCUCCGCGCUGCUCGAGUGCUGCGGUCACCGCUUCCUCAACAAGGCCGAGCUACGGAUGCACACGCAGAAGUGUCAUCGGGACGGCUACCACUGUGGCGUCUGUCCCCGCGUGUUCUGCCGCAAGGCCCUUCUCAAGCGCCACUACUCUGUGCACUCUGGAUAUAGAGAGUUUUCUUGCAGUCACUGUUCCUAUGCAACUAGUCACAAGAGCAACCUUGAACGCCAUAUGAAAGUCCACACAAAGGAUCCCGAACCACUGGCACGUCAUUUGCUGGAAGGAUUCUUACCUGAACUACCUCAACACAACACCCACUUCCCACUCACGCUACCUGUGCACAACACCGUCCUGCCUGCUCAACAUUUACAACUCUACGCAAAUCAAGUUAACCCGCCAUUUUACCAUCCUGCAAGAGUGCCUCAGGCACCAUGGCCAGUCUUGCCUCCCUCGCACACUCCUCUCCAUAACCACCAGGCUCCGUAUCUGCCCCACUACACGCCACCACAUGUGCUUACUCCAGAUAGCGACCUGCACAGCCUGAAGCCCAGCAAGCCCUUGGUAAAGAAGACCGGCCCCUCCAAGAGUUUCACAGUCUCCGCCUUGCUGGGGGAGGAUGUGGACCGCAAGGACGAGGUCUGGUCUCAGGCUUCCUCAGUGCAACCUGCUAGCCACGCUCACUAUGGUGCAAGUACCUCAUCAGAACCUGUGGCCACGGAUGGUGUCCUGAGUAAUGGCGCCUCACAUCGUACUCACACGCCCACCGCUCCUGCAACACUCACGCCCACCGCCCCUGCAACACUCACGCCCACCGCCCCUGCAACACUCACGCCCCCCGCCCCUACUCCAACCACUUCCUUAGCAUUUCUGCUGAACUCUACGAGCAUCGCCUCACCGGAGGUACACUCAGCGAGGGACGUUCAAGCGUCCAUCCCAACAUUCACAAGUUCUCUGUGGGGCGCUCCUGGCCUCACCUUUACUCACAACUAUUUGGAUCCUUACCACGGGGUUUACAGCUUCCCUCCAGUUCAUAGGACCCAUUGGAUACCUGGCAGUGUCCCCGCGCAGGAUACAACCGCCAGCAGUAUUCCCACGCUGCUGCCUCACCCUAAGGACCACCCUUACUGUAGCGGGUCGUCUGGCUACGGCUCUCAUGACGAGCAUUCCCCAAGACCUGUAAUCGAGGACCAGCCCCAAGUAGAAGAACACAAGGAAGACUUAAGACAAUCUCAUACGGACGACCACCUGAAUGACUUCGGCAUAUCUCGCACCGACGACCACAAGUGGGAGCUCAAACAACCUCACAUAGAUGACAAGGACCUCAGACAGCCUCACACAGACGACCACAAGAGGGACUUCAGCAAGUCUCAUACGGACGAAAUCAAAGGGGACUUCAGCAAGUCUCAUACGGACGAAAUCAAGGGGGACUUCAGCAAGCCUCAUACGGACGACCACCAAGAUUAUAUACCUAAAAAAUUGCGCGCCUCAAAGAAAUUCCAAGUAAUGCAGAAAUGUCCAGAGUAG